AUGGAAAUGAAAAAUUUUACUGGCGGUGAAAACCCGCAAACAAUUACAGAACUUUACUGCUCUGUGGAAUUUACUGGAGAGGUACAUGGCGAGCUCGUUUUUGUCUCUGUCAUGAACACUUUUUUGUCAAUUACAGCAUUUUUGGGGAAUACUCUGAUCCUUGUUGCCCUUCGCAAGAACACAUCAAUUCAUCCGUCAUCCAAACUCCUGUAUCGUAACCUAGCGAUAACCGAUCUUUGCGUUGGUAUCAUUGUCGAGCCUCUAACCGUUGCAUAUUGGAUAUCUGUGGUGAACAGAAGAUGGGAUAUUUGCUAUUACGCAUAUUUGACAUCAUAUUUCCCAGGUGUUACGUUGGGUUCAGUGUCGUUGAUAACCCUGACUACAAUAAGCGUGGACAGACUUCUUGCUUUGCUGCUGGGUCUCAGAUACAGACAAGUUGUAACUUUGAAAAGAACAUGUUUAAUUGCUAUUGGUGGUUGGAUUGUGUCCGUUGUCGGUGCAUCUACAUCCUUUCUGAAUCUUCUUAUAGUUUCAUUGUUCCAAUAUAUAAGUACAGCUUUUUUUUUAGUUACUACAAUCUGUGCCUACACAAAAAUUUUCAUGUCUCUGCGUCAUAACCAAAUUCAUGUUCAGAACCAUGUUGUUCAAGGGCAAUCGAGCCAAGUAAAUACACUGAAUAAAGCUCGAUACAGAAAGGCAGUGUACAGUGCACUGUGGGUGCAGGUAACAUUGGUUAUUUGUUAUCUGCCGUACGGUAUAGCUGUAGCUUUAACACCUCAAAGGGGGAUGCCUUUAUCUACUUACCUUGCUUUGCAAUUUACAGGUACUUUAGUGUUUUUAAACUCGUCGUUAAACCCGUUUUCUAUACUGCUGGAAGAUCACAGAAGUGAGAAAAGCUGUAAAAGAAACAUUACAACAACUACACUUCUAUACCUGAACUAAGACUUAGACUAAGAACAUUUACUAACGAACUUGAUAAGAAAAUAUAUAUAAGAAAACCAGACAAAUGUCCUUGUCCGAAUUGCACCUUUAAGGUUGUUUUCUGUUUCAUUGCAGAUUGUAAAGACAGAAACAAAAUCAUUUGUUUAUGUUAAAAAGUCAUAAAACAGAAUGAAAAUAUCACUAAAUAAAACUAGUCAGUUAGCUAAUUAGUUGUCUGGCAAUGAAGACUACGAAACAGGCAUAUAUUCUUAAAGAGAACAGCUCACUUGAUCGCAACAUCACACCAACAAACUCUUUUGACUAAUGUUUUUUAAAGCCCGAAGACAAUCAAAGAGCUUUACUGUUCUGCCGAAUUUACUGGAGAG